AUGGCGAAUAUCAAGUGUAUGUGCGGUGUGCUGCUGCUGUGUGUGGGGAGCAUAUGUGGGGGCAGUCCGGUGGAUGAGCUGGACCAACUCGUUUCAGCCAAGAUGGAGGAGACACAGCGCGCAUUCCUGAUUGUGGAGAAGCAGCUGAGUGCAGCGCAGCAAAUGACAGAGAUCUUCUCCUUGGAGAACACGCAGUUGCAGCUGUUCUCACUGGAGACGCGGGCCAAGUUGGCUGUCAUACAGGAAGAAGUGCAGAAGGAGAUGGAGUCGGCGAUGCAAGAGGUGGAUCGGAUGCGGCAGGAGGCGGUGGAGAACGUCACGACGUGGAAGAAGACGCUGCAUGGACUCAGAGAGGCUACGCAGAAGAACGAGCAAACUCUACAGAAGAUCAGAGAGGAGAAGGAAGAACAGGAAUUAGAAGUUCAAAACGAGUUGGAGUUACAGAAAGAGCAAGAGAUGAAAGUUAAGAGAGAGUUGGAGAUGUUACAGGAGCUGGAGAGUCAGCGACAGAUGAAGAAGGAACUGGAGGAGAAGGAGGUAAAGAGACUGCAGGAAUUGGAGCAACAGGAACUAGAAAAGCAGCGAGUUGUGGAGCAGCUACAAAUAUUGGAGAAGGAACAACAACUCCAACAAGAGAUCGAAAAGAUGCGGGAGAAGGACCGAGACUUGAUGAAAGAGACAAGUUCUGACUCGGCAAAGAGCAAUACUGUACCUUCAGAUAGUGCUGAGCGUACAAGCACAGUGAAGCGGAUGCUGGCUUGCAAGCGAAACGCAAUCGGAGAGUCCUGUAUUCUGGAUAUCCGAAAAGUUAUCGACGAACGGUGA